UAAAUCAGACGAAUUGAAUCAAUGCUAGAAAAAAAAAAUUCUUCUGGAAGGAAAUUAAGUUCAAAACGUAAACAACGGAGAAAAGUGAAGAGUUUUUAGCGAAUAUAUUAAUGCGUACAUAUGUUAGUUGUGUGCGAAUCGGACCGCAACAUGAGUGUGUGGUAGUGAUGAAUAUGUCAUUUAAAAUAAAAUGGAUGAGUUUAAUACCCAAACUGUCACUUUAAGGUUGUUUCACUUGUUUUGCUCUCGCAAAAACAACAUACAGAGUUUUUGUUUACAAUCGGAACAUUUAAAUUUGGAAUUAAAUGAGUGAUAAAAACAAUUCGACGAAAGAUACUACGAAAGACGGGAUAAAAUGGAAAAAAUAUGCUGAAAUUUAUGAUCCUAUUCGCAUUGGAUCAAUCGAUGGAACCGACACAGAUCCACAUGAUAAUGGCAUUGUACGAGCCAUAAACUCACAUUACAAACCAAAUGAACGAGUUGUAGGCAAUCCAAAGCAUACCAUUUUCAUUGGAAGGCUUCAUCUCAGAACUGAUGAGAAAACUAUCAGGCGAAAAUUCCAACGAUAUGGUAAUAUAGUAAAUCUGCGUUUGGUACGUGAUGCUGUAACUGGUAUUUCGAAACAAUAUGCAUUCAUCGAAUAUGAUUCAAGCGCAAGUGUCAAAGAUGCGAUUUAUGAUAUGGAUCAGAGAGUGAUCGAUGAACGAGAGAUUAUUGUCGACGUUGAACACGAACGCCAGCUUAAAGGAUGGAAACCACGACGUUUGGGUGGAGGUUUUGGUGGUAAAAAAGAAUCGGGUCAAUUGAGAUUUGGAUGUAAAGCACGACCAUUUCAACGACCAUAUGACAGCAACAAGCCAAUGACAAGCUCCCAAAUGAAGGAAAUCUUUCGACACCAAAAAUGUCGCAAAUGAUUUUUCGAUAUUAUGCUAAUUUGUACAUA